GAAAAAAAAAAGGUGACUUAUAUGGCUACUGUGUGUAUUGAUUUACCAUCAUUUCUUGAAUCUUUCUGUUUGUACUUAAUUUUGAAGCAAGCAUCUUUAUGCAAUAAUUAUUGGUAAACUACAAAGCCACUUCUUUUAAUUCGAACAGCAGCUAAUAUAAGAUGUCAGCCAUUCACGCAUGUUUGUUUUUUGUGUGCAAGGCAAAAGCAUCUUUGUCUUUGCUUUGCAGCUACUUAAGAGAAAUUUGAUUAUAGAUGGUUCUUUUUCUUCUCCAUAAUUGUUUCAAAGCUUGCAAUUAACCUUAACUCCUUAAGUCCUUAACCAUGGCCUCUGAAGUCUACUCCCUGCAAGCAAUAGCAUUCUAUUUUUCUUUUCUGCCUUUGCUUGUUACUCCUUUGGAAUUUAGCUAUCCUGCAGUUUUCAACUUCGGUGAUUCUAAUUCAGACACUGGUGGUCUGGUUGCCGGAGUAUCUUUUCCGGUUGGACCUCCUAAUGGACAAACCUUUUUCUUGGAGCCAGCUGGCCGGUUCUGUGAUGGCCGCUUGAUUAUUGAUUUUCUGAUGGAAGCAAUGGGCAACCCAUUUCUGAAUCCGUAUUUGGACUCUGUUGGUGCCCCAAACUUUCAGAAGGGGUGUAAUUUUGCGACUGGAGGGUCUACUAUACUACCAGCAAAUGCAGCUUCCAUUAGUCCAUUUUCAUUUGGGAUUCAGGUGGCCCAGUUUAUCAGAUUCAAGUCUCGGGUUCUUGAAUUACUAGCAAAAGAUGGAGAGCUUGAGAAGUAUCUUCCCCUGGAGAAUGAUUUCAAGCAAGGCCUUUAUAUGUUUGAUGUCGGUCAGAAUGAUCUAGAUGGUGCAUUCUAUUCGAAAUCAGAGGGUCAAGUAGUAGCUUUUAUUCCAAAAAUCUUGUCAGAAUUUCAGACAGGAAUUCAGAUAUUAUACGAUUCCGGAGCCAGAAAUUUCUGGAUUCAUAACACAGGACCACUUGGCUGCUUACCCAGAAUCAUUUCAACAUUUGGUAAAAAGGCAUCAAAGCUUGACCAGUUUGGAUGUGUGAACUCACACAACAGAGCAGCAACUGUUUUCAACAAACAAUUACUUGAUCUUUGUGCACAGUUUAGGGCACGAUUUCCUGAUGCUAAUGUUACUUAUAUAGACAUUUUCUCAAUAAAAUCGAACCUAAUAGCAAAUUUUUCUCAGUAUGGUUUCAAACAGCCUUUAGCAGCUUGUUGCGGUUAUGGUGGGCCGCCAUUGAAUUUUGACAGCCGAAUCGCUUGUGGAGUAACCAAGAAUUUGAAUGGCAGUAUAGUGACUGCAAGACCCUGUGAUAAUACUACUGAGUACGUGAAUUGGGAUGGGAACCAUUACACUGAAGCAGCAAACUUAUUUGUUUCAGAACAAAUCCUUGUAGGAAAUUAUUCUGACCCACCUUUGUCUGCAAAUAGAACAGUUACUGAUAAAUCAAACUUCAUUAACAACAAAAUGUUGUAAUAGCUAGCAACGUCCAGGGUCCUGAUAACUUAUUUCCUUUUUCUUUAUAGAAAUUUAUAUUAUUAAUGGAUUUUAGAUAAAACAUAGCAUUAUCCAGCUGCUGUUGAAUAUUGAAAAUUUUCUGUGUCAUUUGUCAAUGAAAGGGAAAAUUUUCUUUCUCGGAUGGAAA